AUCUUGUUUUCCCCCAGCUGCUGAAUUAAUUGCUCGGGUGGUCGAAUUUCUGAAUGACUUCCAGCUAAUCCCCACCACGGAUCAGUGCAGGAGGCAGUCUAUCCCAGUAUGAGGAAAACUUUGCACUUUAAGGUUGCAAAGCAAAGCCCGGAACGGCUGAGAGUCAAUGCUAGUCUGUCUAAUGCUGUUUGGCAUCUUGGUGAGCUGUCAGAAAUUAGGGUAAAGUCUUCAGCACACUCAAAGUCAAGAAAUCGUUUGCCUGGAAGCGGCUCCACACCUUCCGAGUUGUGCUCAGCGAACUCGACUUUUAUGACUUCGUCAAUAGUGCAUGUGAAGAGGAAAGAUGACAACGUGCAUCUGUGUCUUAUACCACUGGAGAUAUUGAAUGGUCGCGACAGAUCGCCGCUAGCCCUCACUGCCUGAGCUACGCGUAAAGCGCUCAGAUUAUAUUUACAUAAUCCUCAGGUACAUCUUUCCUUAGCAGACAGUUCCAAAGAACACAUCGACUCACUAAACAGGCGUUCUUGAGGUUGAGAAGCACGACAACGGUGGACCGGAAUGUGGGUUAACU